CAUUAAUUAUCUUUUCUCAAGCACAGGACCAUGGGAGCCGGCGGUUUCAGAGUGCUGCAUCUCGUCAGGCCCUUCCUGGGUUUCUUACCGGAAGUGCAGAGUGCUGAUAGGAGAAUUCCAUUCAGAGAAAAACUCAUCUACACCGUUAUCUCCCUCUUCAUUUUCCUAGUGUGCAGCCAGCUCCCGCUCUAUGGAAUCCAUUCAACCACUGGAUCUGAUCCUUUCUACUGGUUGCGUGCCAUUCUUGCAUCCAACCGUGGUACUGUUAUGGAGCUGGGUAUUACUCCAAUUGUGACAUCUGGGAUGGUGAUGCAACUUCUCGUUGGAUCAAAGAUCAUUGAAGUUGACAACAGUGUGAGAGAGGAUCGUGCACUUCUGAAUGGUGCACAAAAGUUGCUUGGUAUCCUGAUUGCUAUUGGGGAAGCUGUGGCAUAUGUUCUGUCUGGGAUGUAUGGCAGUGUAGGCCAACUAGGAACAGGAAAUGCUAUUCUCAUUAUACUUCAGCUUUUCUUUGCUGGAAUCAUUGUCAUCUGUCUGGAUGAACUUCUCCAGAAAGGAUAUGGUCUGGGUUCUGGCAUUUCUCUAUUCAUUGCUACCAACAUCUGUGAGAAUAUCAUCUGGAAGGCGUUUAGCCCCACAACUAUCAACAGUGGACGUGGUGCUGAAUUUGAAGGAGCUGUCAUUGCAUUGUUCCAUAUGUUGAUUACUAGAACUGACAAAGUCCGUGCCCUACGGGAGGCUUUCUACCGCCAGAAUCUUCCAAACGUGACCAACUUACUUGCUACUGUCCUGGUCUUCCUCAUUGUUAUCUAUUUCCAAGGCUUCCGUGUUGUGCUUCCAGUUAGAUCAAGAAAUGCCCGUGGGCAGCAAGGUUCAUAUCCAAUUAAACUGUUUUACACAUCGAAUAUGCCCAUCAUUUUGCACUCUGCACUCAUUACCAACCUCUACUUCAUAUCUCAGCUUCUUUACAGGAAGUUCAGUGGCAAUUUCCUAGUUAAUCUUAUCGGAAUAUGGAAAGAAUCUGAGUAUUCAGGCCAUUCUAUCCCUGUUGGUGGUCUUGCUUACUAUGUUACUGCACCAUCGAGUUUGGCUGAUAUUGUCGCAAAUCCAUUCCAUGCGCUGUUCUAUGUGGUCUUCAUGCUGUCAGCUUGUGCUCUGUUCUCAAAGACAUGGAUUGAAGUUUCUGGUUCAUCAGCUAGGGAUGUUGCUAGGCAGCUCAGGGAACAACAAAUGGUGAUGCCAGGCCAUCGUGAGUCAAACCUGGAGAGGGAGUUGAACAGAUACAUCCCCACCGCUGCUGCAUUUGGAGGAGUUUGCAUUGGCGCAUUGACUGUCCUAGCAGAUUUCAUGGGUGCAAUUGGUUCAGGAACCGGUAUACUUCUCGCUGUUACCAUCAUAUACCAAUACUUUGAGACAUUCGAGAAGGAAAGGGCAACCGAGCUUGGUUUUUUCGGCAUGUGAUCAGUGACUGAUAUGGUGUUAUGGCUAGCUUGAUCUUCUUGCAAACCAUAGUACUGUUUUGGGAGCAUAGAUUCAGUUUAAGUUAAAAGAAUAGCAGAAUCAGCUUGUGGGUUUUCAGAUGCAUGGUGGAAUGUACACUGGCCAAGUGCAGCCAUGGGCCAAUUAGCCACCGUGUACUUGUGUUCUGAGGUCUGAUCAUGUUCUGGCUAUCCUAGUAACCGGAUAUGUUGCAGCAGUAUAGUUGUCUUUUAACUAAAUUUUAUAUUAGUUUUCUCUUUUGCUGUGGUAAUACUCCGUAGUCUGUAUUAACUUUUCUGACAUUUGGCAAUAGUUAGUAAUAUGGAUGUCCUUCUAUAUUA